AUGGAGGCUGACCUGGCAAACCAGGCCCCCGACCUGUUCGCCAGUGAAUGGGACUACCCCUUGACUGACCCAUGGCCGGCGUGCGAGAUGAUGAAAUGGGUAAGCUUCCGCACCUACGAUGCGGGCUCCCAAGACUACCACCCGAAAUGGAGUGGUAUGUAUCCCACAGCUGUGGGGGUGCUGGUUGGCGGCCCGGGGUCGCUUGUGAAAUUGCCCCUCGAAUUGAUCUUCCGAAUCAUCGAGGACAUGGACGUCAUCUCGGCUGAGCUCUUCUCUCGGACCUGUACCAAGGCCCGGUUCCUUCUCCAAAGCUCCACCACAUGGCAGAAGAUCAUGGCCUACAUCCCCCAGGUCCGGUAUUUGUAUGUGCAGAGGGGCGUGAGGCACUGGAACACUCUUCGGGCUAUUAUCAACGAGCUCGAGUACUCGCGCUGCCGUACUUGCUCUCGACCCGCCGACAUCUUCUUCUGGCUUACCUGUGAACGGGUCUGCUUCAACUGCCUCACUCAGAACACUGGGUUCCGCUUGCUUACCCUGAGCGAGGCCACCCAAGCAUACUGCCUCACCCCUAAUGAGUUUGCAAGUAUGCCAAAGUAUGAGCACCACGUUUCACGCUUUAGUUCGUUUCCGGAAAUCCAGCCCGAAAGCACCAUCUACGUCGCCGCCAAGAGUGCCUACAUUGCCGGAAUCAAGCUCUGGGGCAGCAAGGAAGCUAUGAUUGAAGCCUCCCGGCGCAUUUCACUACCAGCCUGGUUCUCCGCGACUGACCAGUCCACCAUCCAUGCCAGGAUCGAAUUGAUGUGGAAUAUCAGCCUCAAGACUGCAGACGACGCCAGCCAGUGUGCUGAGCUGUAUUAUCAACUUCGUGCACCAAUUGGCUGCAUGGCAUUCUAUUUCCCCUGCGUGAAGCCCUAUGAGAAAAAGCCCACUCAGUUCUACCGAUGCACCGGCUGUGCAUUUCUAGUGCAUUAUCGCUACGAUCUCGCGGCUCAGAUUGAAGCCAUGACUGGUGCUGUACCUUCGUUCGAAUCCCUCGUCAAGCGGCGAGCCUUGCGCGGCCAAGCCCGCAUGCUUCUUCAAUCGGACAACAUUCUCGAGCACAUGCAAUCGUGCACGGGAACUGGCUUCUUCAAGAAACAGAUGAACCUUGAGAAGCUGCACCCUGAGUCUCUGGGCACUGGUCUGAUCGCGCACGUCAGCGGGGACCCGAAUUAA